CACGAGUCCCGUCGAUCACAGUAACCUGAGCAGAAGAUCGACAGACGCUGCUUGCGGCGAGCCAGAGGCCCAGAGCCUAGAGGUAGAUCGAGAAAGAGCAAACAGCCAGCGAACAUGCAGGCCGGGAAGAGCGCGAUGGAGGCGACCAAGGAGGCCGCGGCGAACCUGGGCGCGUCGGCGAACGCCGGCAUGCAGAAGAGCCGCGCCACCGUGCAAGGCCAGGUGGAGAAGGCCACGGCGCACAACGCGUCGGACAAGGCCGCGGCGGAGGCGACCCAACGGGAGCGCGUGCGCGCCGCGGAGGAGGAGAAGCAGGCCGCCAUGCGUGCCAACGCGGCCGCCAAGGAGCGUGCCGCCGGCGCGCACAUGUCGCAGGGCGCGCCGGGCAUCGUCGACGACGCCCGCCAGCAGGGCCACAGGGCCGCCCCCGCGGGCGGGUACGUUGAGGCCGGCGUCGGCGAGACCAGGCCCAUCGCCAGGGGCACCGGUACCACGCGGCCCAGCGCCGCGCCCAACCCGCACGUCGGGAGCGACUUCCCGCAGGCGCGCGGCACCGGCGGGCAGUACCAGUGAGCUCAGGCUCAGGCGCUUAGCUGUGCCUAUGACGCGUGUACACGUUUUCGUUCAGCAAUCAGCAUGCGUGUGUGCGUAUUCUAUCAUCAUCAUAUGACAUGUGGACAGGAUGUGCUUGUACUAGCUACAUGAAUAAGUUUGUCCAUGCAAAAUAAUGGAAUCAUGUUGUCUCAA